UGUUUAUAAACUCCGUGCAAUUAUCAAUUUGGCACUUCAUAAUUUUAUUUCCAUUCGAUCAUCACCUACUAGUGCUAUCUCUCUGCUACUGCGAUGGCAGCUCAAGUUCAAGGAGGAGAAGACACGGGGAAACUGAUCUACGACCAAGACACGCAACAGUUCGUGCGACCGGCCAAGCAUUCCAUUAAUCAAAUACUGGGAUUUGAGAAAGAUGACUGGCAGGACUCUGAUUCCUCGGAGCAACGUCUCUCGGACGACAGUGCGUCCACCCUGCUGCACGUGAGCAGACCCCCGCGACGCCGCCAGAGGAGAUCACGUAUUCAGUUCACAGAGGAGCAGCUAGCGAGACUAGAAGACGCCUUUGAGAAGGAGCAAUACCCUGACAUCAACAAAAGAGAGGAACUUGCAGAAGAACUGCGGAUUACGGAGGCCAGAAUACAGGUGUGGUUCCAAAACAAGCGAUCGAGAACAAGACGGUCAAUCAAGACAGGGUCAUCUCCAAAUUCAACGGGCUCCUCACCACAGUCUAGCGAUUCGGAAGAAAAUGCCGGCCGCAAACAACAAGCCCCCAAGUAUGGAAAACGCAAGGAGAACCACGAUAACGGCAUGUCCGAGGAGGCCUCCAAGGUGCCUCGCAAGACGCCUAAGUCCAAACGCAGACCACCCCCUUUGCCAUCUCAGCUGCCAGCACCGGCGUCUGUCUCACCUGCCCCAAGUGGCGGCGGUGUGAUUCCCUACUCGCCCAUGUUUCAGAUGAGCCCCAUGUACAAUGGACUCAACUCUGCGGGGUAUUUAAUGCCACCUUUGUACGGGUUGCCGCCAUCCAACUUUGUCCUGCAAUAUUCUCCACUGCCGUCAGCGCGUGGUGGGAGCUUUCAGUUUCCGCCCAUGGCUUCUAACGGGUAUCCUCCUUCGUUCAACCACUGGGGUCUGAUGUCGCCUCUGACCACGCCCACUCUCCCGCCAGUGACGCCAUCAACGCUGUACCCACUCACGUCGACGGAGAAACACGGAUCCCUGUUUUCUUCAGACCCGCUCAAGCUUGGUCCCACUGUAAACGCCGCUGCCACCACCAUACCGUGGCUUGGAAUGUCGGACAUGCCAGCUACCACCGCGGUCAACUCAAACGGCAGUAACUCUUUAUGGGCAUCCUUGCAUCUACCACCCACAGACCUGCCAGAACAACCGCUUGCCGUUGCCAAUACUUUAACUAUGACGGCACCAAAGGUACCUUCUGAAAAGACUGUCAAAACGGACUGUCAAGCAGCGUAAGAGACGCUACCUUAUGAAUGUUGCACAGUGUUAUACAUAUCAUGUAGUGGGAUGCAGACUUUUUGCGUGUGAUUCAGCGUUUUGCACCAAUAAGUUAGUUGUUAGACCUUAGCUAAUUGUUGUAGCAAGACAUACGAGUAUAUGGCAGAAGUGCAAAAGUGAAGUCGUGCGUUACGUUCAAGUCAACACAGAGUAGUUAGGUUAACAUUGAGAAACCAAAAUAUUUCAUCUUGUAAAAUUAUAAACUGAAACUAAAUAAAUUAAAUAGAAACUGUGUGAAUGUUUGUUAAUGUUUAUGAAAUGUGUGUGGCCGAUUUUCAAAGUUAAGAGCAUUAUUACUUACAUCAGUUAUGUCCAUCAGAGCCACGUAUGCCAAUAAUGACUUACUGCAAAUAUUUGUCAAAUAGUGUUACUAAGAAAAAUAAAGACAGC